AUGGCAAAUGAAACUGGGAAUAAAGAAAUAAAACCGGCGGACCCACUUGCAGAUGUCGAAAAUACCGGCAACUCUGAGCCAGCAACGCCGGCCUCGGUCUACGAUGAUCCCGAGAAAGAAAUCCGAAAACAGGAAGACUCCGAUGAUAACCAAGCUAGCCGUGAAGGGUUGAAACACACUCAAAGUCAUGCUACCGAUACAAGCACCAUUACUCGUACUACCACGAGGGCAUCCGUACCAGCUAAGAAGCAAUGGUACAAAGUAUUCAACCCCCUACUAUGGGGUUCGAUACCGCCCAUCCCUAAGGAGCGCGAGGUCUCGAGGGAGUACGGGGCCGGUUUCUUCAGCAAAUUGACUUUCCAAUGGAUGGCUCCCAUAAUGAAUGUAGGGUAUAAACGGUCCCUAGAACAAGACGACCUCUGGUCCGUAAACCCUGAUCGGACAGCCGAGAAGAUGACGGCUAAGACAAGAGAAUCUUUCGAGAGACGAAAGAAAGCAGGUGAUCAAUACCCCUUGCUUUGGGCAUUGCACGAAACUUUCUUCUGGGAAUUUUGGUUAGGCGGUUUCUGCCAACUCUGCUCGUCUAUCUUCCAAGUCAUGUCUCCUUUCACUCUGCGGUACCUCAUCAACUUUGCCCAAGAAGCCUGGGAUGCAUCUCAGAACGGAACACCCCCACCCAAGGUCAGUGCUGGUAUCGGCCUGGUUAUUGGUGUGACUGUUAUGCAAAUUUUGCAGAGCUUAGGUGUCAACCACUUUAUAUACCGUGGGAUGAUGAUUGGAGGACAGGCGCGUGCUGUCCUCAUCAGUCUCAUUUUUGAGAAAUCCAUGGUGCUCUCAGGUCGUGCAAGGGCAGGUGGUGGUAAAGAAGCAUCUAAUGACACAGCAGAGAACGGUCAAGGAGAAAAAGAUAAAGGGAAAGAUAAUGAAAACAGCAAGACAGAGAAGUCGGAUGACCCCAAAAAGGAUCCCAAGGCGGAUAAGACACUCAUCACCGGUGAUGGUACUGGCUGGAGCAAUGGAAAAAUCGUGAACUUGAUGAGCGUCGAUACCUACCGUAUAGACCAAGCUUCCGCCAUGUUCCACAUGACUUGGACGGCACCUAUUUCGUGCAUCAUAACUCUCAUCGUCCUUCUCAUCAAUCUGACUUACAGUGCUUUAGCUGGUUUCGGGCUUUUGGUCAUCGGCGUCCCGGCCUUGACUAGAGCAAUUCGCGCGCUGUUCUUGCGCCGAGCAGCAAUUAACAAGAUAACGGAUCAGCGCGUGAGCCUAACCCAGGAAAUAUUGCAAUCUGUCCGCUUCGUCAAAUAUUUCGGAUGGGAGGGAGCUUUUCUGGAACGCCUCAGGGAAAUUCGAUCUCGAGAAAUCCACUCUAUCCAAGUUCUUUUGGCGGUUCGAAAUGCUAUCAAUGCUAUUAGCAUGUCGCUCCCCAUCUACGCUUCCAUGUUAUCGUUCAUCACCUACUCGCUGACAGACCACGGUCUUCCCGCUGCACAAGUUUUCUCUUCACUUGCGCUUUUCAAUGGCUUACGAAUGCCUCUCAAUCUGCUCCCUCUGGUUAUUGGUCAGACGGUUGACGCUUGGUCGUCUAUGAAACGUAUACAGGAAUUCAUGCUAUCCGAAGAGCAAGAGGAGGAUGUUGUGUUGCAGCCAGAAGGAAAGCAUGCGGUUGAAAUACACGACGCUACAUUUACCUGGGAGCGGACUCCAACUCAAGAAUCUGAAACGGAAAAGAAGGGUAAAGAUGGUCAUGCACAGAAAGGGACAAAACAACCUCACAAAACAGGUAAUGAAAGGGGCCAUUUGGAAGAAAAUACCGAAGAUACAGCAAGUACACUUGUUGAAGAACGCGAGCCUUUCAAACUCCAAGACUUGAACCUUGCGAUUGGAAGAAAUGAAUUGGUUGCUGUCAUUGGAACUGUUGGUUGCGGAAAGAGUUCCUUGCUUUCGGCGCUUGCUGGGGACAUGCGGAAGACUUCAGGUGAGGUCGUGUUGGGUGCCUCUAGAGCUUUCUGCCCACAAUAUGCCUGGAUUCAAAACGCAAGUGUCCGAAAUAAUAUUCUUUUUGGGAAAGAAAUGAAUCGCGAGUGGUAUAAGGAGGUUGUAAGAGCCUGCGCUUUGCAACCUGACCUAGACAUGCUUCCCAAUGGAGAUGCAACCGAAAUAGGCGAGAGAGGCAUUACUAUAUCAGGCGGACAAAAACAACGACUCAAUAUCGCCCGAGCCAUAUAUUUCGAUGCUGAUAUUGUGCUCAUGGAUGACCCUCUGAGCGCCGUCGACGCCCAUGUUGGUCGACAUAUCAUGGACAACGCCAUAAUGGGUCUUCUGAAAGACAAGUGUCGAAUUCUUGCAACGCACCAACUGUGGGUCCUUAACCGCUGUGACAGGAUCAUCUGGAUGGACGCUGGCAAGAUUCGAGCGAUUGACACUUUCGACAACCUGAUGACGAACCACUCUGGCUUUAGGCAGUUGAUGGAAACUACUGCCCUGGAACAAACGCAAGAGGAGGAUCCAGCCCAAGUUGAGGACAAGACCGCCGAAGGUGAGAAGAGCAAGAAGAAAAAGAAGAAGGCCCAAGGCUUGAUGCAAGCAGAGGAAAGAGCCGUAUCAAGCGUCCCUUGGUCUGUUUACACCACCUAUAUUCGAGCAUCGGGAAGUAUCCUCAACGCUCCGCUCGUCAUCCUGGUGCUACUGCUCUCCCAGGGUGCCAAUAUCAUGACAAGUCUAUGGCUGUCUUAUUGGACAUCUGGCAAGUUCGGUCUCACAACGGGAGUAUAUAUCGGAGUUUACGCAGGCCUUGGAACGUUGCAAGCUCUGUUGAUGUUCCUCUUUUCGGUUCUGCUAGCUGUGUUCGGCACAAACGCCAGCAGGACUCUCUUGAGACAGGCAGUCACAAGGACACUAAGAGCGCCGAUGUCCUUCUUCGAUACAACCCCGCUCGGUCGUAUCACAAAUCGGUUCUCUAGGGAUGUCGAUGUUAUGGAUAAUAACCUGUCUGAUGCUAUGAGGAUGUAUUUCCUCACGCUCGGAAUGAUUAUAUCCGUGUUUGCUCUGAUUAUCGCGUUCUUCCACUAUUUUGCAAUCGCACUAGUUCCGCUCGCUAUUCUCUUCGUACUUGCGGCCUCCUACUAUCGGGCCUCUGCUCGGGAAGUCAAGCGUUUCGAGUCAGUUCUUCGAUCUGUGGUAUUUGCCAAAUUCGGUGAAGGUCUUAGCGGAGUAUCGUCAAUUCGUGCGUAUGGACUGAGGGAUCGUUUCAUCAAUGAUCUGCGAGAUUCCAUCGAUGAAAUGAAUGCAGCAUAUUACUUGACAUUCUCGAAUCAACGGUGGCUAUCGAUACGUCUAGACACUAUCGGAAACUUGCUUGUGUUUACCACGGGCAUCCUUGUCGUGACUUCUCGAUUUAGCGUUUCACCAUCGAUUGGUGGUCUCGUGCUUUCGUACAUCUUGUCCAUUGUGCAGAUGCUGCAGUUUACGGUGCGGCAGCUUGCCGAGGUGGAGAAUGGCAUGAAUGCUGUAGAACGACUCGAGUACUACGGAACACAGCUCGAGGAGGAAGCACCUGACCACACGAUUGACGUUCGUCCUACAUGGCCAGAAAAGGGAGAAAUUAUCUUCGACAAUGUUGAGAUGCGGUACCGCGCGAAUUUGCCCUUGGUGCUUAAAGGUCUUAGUAUUAACGUUCGCGGAGGCGAACGUAUAGGCAUUGUAGGACGCACAGGGGCGGGCAAGAGCUCUAUCAUGUCGACCUUAUUCCGACUAGUUGAGAUCUCAGGUGGCCACAUCUAUAUCGACGGACUCGAUAUCUCCACAGUCGGUCUACAUGAUCUUCGUUCCCGCCUUGCCAUCAUUCCACAGGACCCUACGCUAUUCCGCGGAACUGUCCGCAGCAAUUUGGACCCCUUCAGCGAACACUCGGAUCUGGACCUUUGGUCGGCACUGCGUAAGGCCGACCUGGUGCCAGCCGACGCAAACAUCGACGACAAAGACCCGACACGGGUCCACCUCGACAGCGUCGUAGAAGAAGACGGCUUAAACUUUUCGCUUGGUCAACGACAGCUAAUGGCGUUGGCGCGAGCCCUAGUUCGCGGGUCGCAGAUCAUCGUGUGCGAUGAAGCUACCUCAUCCGUGGACAUGGAGACAGAUGACAAGAUCCAGAAGACGAUGGCUGUCGGGUUCCGUGGCAAGACGCUGUUAUGUAUCGCUCAUCGCCUUCGGACUAUCGUAGGAUACGACCGCAUUUGCGUCAUGGAUGCCGGGCGUAUCGCAGAGUUGGAUACCCCGAUUAACCUAUGGACCCAAGGAGGCAUUUUUAGAAGUAUGUGUGAUAGAAGCGGAAUAAGGGUCGAGGAUAUACAUAGUGCAAGGGAGGGGCUAAAUGAAGAUGAUGGUGAGGUAGAGGAAGAGGGAGAGGGGUCGAAAAGCGAGAAAUCAGAUGAAUUGUGA